CUACCUUUAUACUCACUGGCAUUUCACCGGCCGCAUUCCCUCUGUCUCCACCUCCCUCUCAUUUCCACGUGAUCUUGUGUGAACACGGCCUGCUCCCUUUUAUUAUUAGUCUCUGUAUAUAGAGUCGCCCAAGAUCCAAUCUUUAGAUCUCCCUUCCCCCAAAAAUCCAAUCUUUAGCGGUACCAACAUCCUCGAAAUGUCCUCUCCCCCCUAAAAACCCAACCUUCGGCAUUCAUUUCCCCCUCAAGAUCCAAUCUUUAGCGACACCCAGUUCUCCUUAUGGCUCCUCUCUCCUCUGCCACACUCGUCCUCAUCUUCGCGCUCCUCCUCUUCGCUCUCUCAGUCCCAACCCAAUCUGAGAAAAUCCAGCUCAGUAGGAGGAACCUAGCUUUAACUGAGCAGGAACCAGAGGACCAACCACUCGCCAAACCGAAAACAAAGAAGAAAAGCGCAGCUCUUAUCGAGCAAGAAGAAGAAGAAGCCCAAGCGCUCACCAAACCCAAAUCAAAGAAGAAAGGUGCAGCACUUGCCGAGCAAGAAGAAGAAGAAGUCCAAGCGCUCACCAAACCCAAAUCAAAGAAGAAAGGCGCAGCCCUCAUCGAGCAAGAAGAAGACGUCAGGGAACUCCCCCAACCCAAAACGAAGCAAAAAAGUGCAGCCCUCAUCGAGCAAGAAGAAGAAGAAGCGCAAUCCAUCACCAAAUCUACCACAAAGAAGAAAAAUCCCACCUCGGAUUCCAAAAACCAAACCAAACCCAUCAAGCCCAAGAAAUCCAAUUCCACUUCCACUUCCACCUCAAGCUCCGCUCCCAAAUCCAACAAGCUCAACAAAACCCUCACUCUCAGGCCCACAAAUUCCACCAAAAACUCCACCAAAACCCCAAAACCCCCUCCCAAAUCCUCCACAAGUUCUCCAAAAACCCAACUCGAAUCCGCCCGAAACCCCGCCCCGAAGAAAUCCGCCGAAAAGACCAGACCCGUUAACCCGGAUCCGAUAUGGCUCGACGAGUCGGAUUCGGACCAGGAUCUGAUAUCGGAGUUCCGCGGCCUCCCAACCCGAAUCCACCAGACCCUGCUCCCCGACCUCAAGAAAAUCUCCAUCACCUCCAAAGCUUACAUCUACAAAGCCAACAAAAACAUCGCCCAAAACGUGAAGCCCUUCGUGGGGAACAAAUACGCUCCCAAAAUAGCCGCCGCUCCUGCUUAUUUUCCUCGUUUUGCCCCUGCUGUCUGGUCACCGCCCCUUUUUCUGCACCCUCACUCCUACCUCUCCCUCCAACGCUUCCUAAUCUUCGUCCAGGCGCCUAACCUGGGCACUUUUACUUCGUUCACCCUCGCCAUCACCGCGCUGGUCACGCCGGAUUCGCAGCCGUUGAGGUUCUUCUACGCCACGUCGCCCUCGUCGUACGCGUGGACGCAGGCGGUGCAGACGCUCGGCGCGUACCUGCUGUACCUGCUCGUGCAGCUGAUUCAUUUGGUGGUCGUGUUCUCACGCGGCUGGACAACAAUUGCGGGGGUGAGGGCGCUGGGUGUAGCGCAGAUGAUCUGUGGGCUGGCGGUUGGGUGCCAUUACUACGCGGCGGUUUUCACCGGGCGGGUGACGGGAGACCCGCCGGCGCGAACUGGAGGGUGCACGGGGUGCUACGCGGGGUGCUUUUUGGUAAUUUGCCUGUGCGCGCGUGCGGAGCGGAGGAAGAAGGCGUACGACGGAGGGGAGGAUGGUAAGAUAAGUUAAAGAGUUUGGAGGGCGUUUUUAUAAAAGGUGGAGUUGGUUAUACGCAGAAGAAGCCCCGCUGGGGUGCGUGUAAUUUUUCAAAGUUUAGGGGGGUGGGGGUGUUAUUUAUUGAAGUAAUGUUGGUUUUUAGUAAAUAGAAUAAUGAGCUACCGACAAGGGUCGUUAGGAAAUAAACAAUGAUGAGUUUACCGGAACUAGCCAUUGAGAUACUGGAUAUUUUCGGAAUUAAAAACUGACUUGCUUUAUGUGUAAAUUUUGCUUUCGCAAGGAUUAAAGUGGGAGAAAUGGAGUAUACAUGAUUCGAUUGUUCGUUUUUUUU